AUGCAGAGAACAAUGGAUCCAUUCAUUGCAACCCCAUCAAUGAUCACCAGCGGAGAUGGCUGGACAGAGCAUAUAUCGAAGGAGGGGAGGAAAUACUACUACAACACAUUGACACAAGAAAGCCAGUGGGGGAAGCCGCUGUCGCUACAGACGCCCGAGGAGGCACAGAUUCUCCUUAAGACGGGCUGGCAGGAGUUUUCUAGUGCAGAUGGAAAAACAUAUUGGUUUCACAGCGCCACCAAGCGGAGUGUAUGGAGCACCCCCAAGGAGGUGCAGGAGAUGCUGAAGUCGCUCAAAGAGGAGCGCGAAGAUUGGCCGCAGUUUAAAACCAAGGAUGAAGCCAAGAGCUUCCUUGUUAAAUUGUUUGAUCUGAAGAAGUUUCCGCCGAGGAUCAGCUGGGAGAAUGCAUCAAAGAUCCUCGAAUCCGACAGACGUUGGUCUUGUUUUUCUAUUUUGACGCGUGGUGAAAGAAAGCAAACAUUUGCAGAAUAUAUGGGAUCAAGAGGGAAACGAGCGGCAGAAGAAGAACGCCAGAAGAGAAAGAAGGCGAAAGAUCUGAUGGUGCAGAAUCUCCUGAGUUGGAAGGAGUUGAGUUUCAAGACGACUUACAUAGAUGUCGCUGAUCGCUUUCAUUUUGAAGAGUGGUGGACUUGGAUGCAAGAAAGCGAAAGAGAUGAUUUCUUUCAAGAGUGGAUGUUCGACAACGAACAAAUGUUUAAAGAUAAAAUAAAACAAAGAAGACGCGAGGAUGUAGCAAUGCUAGAGGAGAUCCUAGAGCAGAAUCCUGCGGAUUUUCCUUUUCAGAAGAAGUGGAAUGAUGUGAAAGAGCAGCUGCUUUCACACCCCAAGCUGCAGAACAUGAUGAAGAUCGACGUCUUGCAGGUGUGGGAGGAGUGGGUUCGUCACGGCUACGAUCAAGAAAGAAAACAACGCCAGGCGCAGAAUUUCCGCAAAGAACGCAAAAGAAGAGAUGCAUUUAGAGAGCUAUUGCAAGAUGCAAUAGAUAAGGGCGAGCUGAGCAGCCGCACAGAUUGGGCUUCUUUCGUGCGUCGAGUGGAGAAGGACCCUCGGUACACGUCAAUGGUGGGGCAGAGCGGCAGCACCCCGCGGGAGUUGUUUUGUGAUGCAGUGGAUCGGCUGAAGGAUAAACACGAGCAGCUGAAACAUUCGCUUAGACGCAGCGCAGAGAAAGCGGGGCUGGAUUUCAAGGACCCCUUGCUUUCUUUCAAUCAGUUUUAUGAGACCGUGCGAGGGUUGGAGGAUGUGAAGAAUAUAAAUAUGCUGCAUGUGAAGCUCGUGUUCGAGUCGCUGAAGAGUGGAGAGAGCCAGGCCAGGCCCACUGCAGCGUCUUCAGACUCAAAGCAACGCAGCAGCCGCAGCAGCAGGCAUGAUGACACUAGCAGCAGCAGCAGCAGCAGCAGUAGCAGCAGCAGCAGCAGCAGCAGCUCCAGCAGUUCUAGAACCCAUAACGACAGUCACCACACGUCGUCCCGAGACAAAGAGAGAGGAGACAGAGACAGAGAGAGGGAGAGAGAAAGAGAAAGAGAAAGAGACAGAGAAAGAGAUAGAGACAGGGAGAAAGAAAGAGAAAGAGAAAGAGACAGAGACAGAGAAAGAGACAGAGAGAAAGACAGAGAAAGAGAUAGAGACAGAGAUAGGGACAGAACUGAUGAUGGUAGAGCAAGGAAAAUACACAAAACCUACCAUGAGCGCAGCAACAGCAGAACCCGUGAACUGCCCAGAGACGCAGCAGAUGCAGAGCAACCCCGAAAAAGAAGAAAUGUUGAAGAAGAUAGGAGGAGACGCCACUGA